AUGAGAGAACAAGAUAAUUCCGAUUUCAUCAUGAAAGAACCUCCAUCUUCUCUUUCCGGUAAGAAGAGAAAAGAAACCGAAUCAUCAUCCUCAGGCAUACACAACAACAACAACGACAACACUCCUCGUGCUUGUACUGAAUGCGGCAAGAAAUUCUGGUCAUGGAAGGCUCUUUUCGGUCACAUGCGUUGCCAUCCUGAACGCCAAUGGCGCGGUAUCAAUCCUCCUCCAAAUUUCCGACGACAUCAACAUCAUCAACAAUAUCAACAACAACCGCAUACUUAUACUCCCAGUCACGGUACUAGUUCUUCUCAGUAUUCUAUCAUGACGCCGGAAGAUCACGAAGUUGCUGCAUGUUUGCUUUUACUUGCAAAUUCAAGUUCGAAGCCGAACAACAAAACGGGGAAGCUUAAGGCGGUUGCUGCUACGGUGGAUGAUUCAACUUCGGUUAUGGAUCAAGAGAUUCAUAACAGUAAUAGUAAUAGUAAUACUCAUUUUGUGUGUUCGUGUUGUAACAAGGUGUUUGGAUCGCAUCAGGCUCUUGGAGGACACAGAGCAAGUCACAAGAAUGUCAAGGGCUGUUUCGCCAAUACAACAGCAACUUCUUCACCAACAACAACAACAACAGUAACCGCUUCCGGUAGUAGGAUGAUGACGUGGACACAACAAACUCAAGGCGGAGUAAUCGGAGGAGAUCAUGCUUUUGUUGGUGGUGGUGGUGGUGGAGAUCAGCAUCAUGAUGAUUAUAACCACCACCACGCGAUGAUGAAUUUGAUGACGGUGCCGCGUGACGGUUACAAUGCUGACGUGGAAGGGGAAACGGUUAUUGAGAAUAGUGGAGGAGGGGGAGGACAUAAGUGUGGAAUAUGUUUGAGGGUAUUUACAACUGGACAAGCACUUGGUGGACAUAAGAGGUGUCAUUUUGAUUCAUCUAAUUCUGUUGCAACAACAACUUCUAACAAAUCAUCAUCAUCAUCUCUUAAUGUUGAUUUGAAUUUCCCUUUUCCUCCUCUCCCUCCUCCACCUCCUUCUCCUCCAGAUGAUGAUGAUCCUCCUCUCACUCUUGAUUUGAAGUUAGGACUUUGA